AUGGUCCACCGCCGGUGCCGUCAAGGUCUCGCCCCAUCCAAACCUACAGCUAUACUGAACCCUGCUGCUGUCAGAUUUAUUACCCGCACCACUCGUACCACCAAAUCUGACAGGUCUUCGGGGAUUCUGAUUGGGCUGCCUUCGCCGGCAAG